UUGUCACUGAUGUUGCAGUUGGUGUGAAGAGAGGAUCUGACGAACUUCUUUCAGGCAGUGUACUCAAUAGCCCGAACUCUAACAUGAGCAGCAUGGUAGUUACUGCCAAUGGUAAUGACAACAAGAAAUUCAAAGGUGACGAUAAAAUGGAUGGGGCUCCUUCUCGUGUUCUUCAUAUCAGGAAAUUGCCUGGGGAAGUGACAGAAACAGAAGUUAUUGCUUUAGGAUUACCUUUUGGUAAGGUAACCAACAUCCUGAUGCUGAAAGGGAAAAAUCAGGCAUUUUUGGAACUUGCUACAGAAGAAGCAGCUAUCACUAUGGUUAAUUACUACUCUGCUGUGACGCCUCAUCUUCGUAACCAACCUAUCUAUAUCCAGUAUUCCAAUCAUAAAGAACUGAAGACUGAUAACACACUGAACCAGCGGGCCCAAGCUGUUCUUCAGGCAGUGACGGCUGUGCAGGCGACAAAUGCUCCCAUUAGCGGGACCACUGUUAGUGAGAGUGCAGUGACUCCAGCUCAGAGUCCAGUGCUCAGAAUAAUUAUUGACAAUAUGUACUACCCGGUAACCCUGGAUGUUCUUCAUCAGAUAUUCUCUAAAUUUGGUGCUGUAUUGAAGAUAAUCACAUUCACAAAGAAUAACCAGUUUCAAGCUUUACUGCAGUAUGGCGAUCCAGUAAAUGCACAGCAAGCCAAACUAGCCUUAGAUGGUCAAAAUAUUUAUAAUGCUUGCUGUACCCUACGGAUUGAUUUUUCCAAAUUGGUGAAUUUGAAUGUCAAGUACAACAACGAUAAAAGCAGGGACUACACUCGUCCUGAUCUUCCAUCUGGUGAUGGACAGCCAGCGCUGGACCCAGCUAUUGCUGCAGCAUUUGCAAAGGAGACCUCUCUUCUAGGGCUUCCUGUUGCAGCUGUUCCAGGAGCUCUGAGUCCUUUGGCUAUUCCAAAUGCUGCUGCUGCAGCUGCUGCUGCUGCUGCUGGCCGUGUGGGAAUGCCUGGCGUUUCAGCUGGUGGCAAUACAGUCCUCCUGGUUAGCAAUUUAAAUGAAGAGAUGGUUACGCCCCAAAGUCUGUUUACCCUCUUCGGUGUUUAUGGUGAUGUGCAGCGUGUGAAGAUUUUGUACAAUAAGAAAGACAGUGCUCUUAUACAGAUGGCUGAUGGAAACCAGUCACAGCUGGCCAUGAGCCAUCUUAAUGGACAAAAAAUGUAUGGAAAGAUUAUUCGGGUUACCCUUUCUAAACAUCAGACAGUACAACUACCUCGAGAGGGACUUGAUGACCAAGGGCUGACUAAAGAUUUUGGUAAUUCUCCUCUGCAUCGCUUCAAGAAACCUGGUUCAAAAAACUUUCAAAAUAUAUUCCCUCCUUCUGCAACGCUUCAUCUGUCCAAUAUUCCACCAUCAGUAGCAGAAGAGGAUCUACGCACAUUGUUUGCUAAUACUGGAGGCACUGUGAAAGCAUUUAAAUUUUUUCAAAGAGAUCACAAGAUGGCACUUCUUCAGAUGUCCACAGUAGAAGAAGCUAUUCAGGCUUUGAUUGAUCUUCACAAUUACAAUCUGGGAGAAAAUCACCAUCUGAGAGUUUCUUUCUCUAAGUCAACUAUUUAAGAAGGCGGAUUGAAAAUGAGGGUGUAUUGCAUUGUUUGGUGUUGUCACCUAUUGACUGUUCAGGAAAGUGGGGACCAGAGUUUGUCUUCUGUUGGGGUUUUUUAUUAUUUUUUUUUCAUGCUGUUAUCAUUCCUUCGUUGUUUUAAAAAAUAAAAAAUAAAAAAAAAUUAAAAAGCAGUGAUACUAACUGCUGUUGUUCAACUGUUGUUUAGAUAAACCAUUAUUUUGUUUAAAAGAUUUCAAGUUAAUACCACAGUUUUUCAACUUAGUUGACGUACGUGCCUUAAAAAGGAAAACUAGUACUGCUGGAAUUGCAUAACUAGUAAAAAGCAAAUUUGGUUGUCUGGGGCACAUUGUUACAUGAUAAUUUAAAUAUGUUUAGGCAGGGGUGUGUAAAAAGGUUAAGCUUUUAUUUCUCCUGCUUGAUAGAUUUUUUUAUCUGCUGGCUUGUCACUUUUCUUUUCUUUUUAAUUGGAUAAGAUGCAUUACGCUGAAAGAGUAAAAUGAUGUUGUUUGAUUUCUGCUACUUUUUGCUUUGUGCUUUUUUUUCAAAAGGCCUUUUGUAUUUCAUGGUUCUGGUCUAGAUUCAGUUACGAAUGUAGGCAUUAGUUAAAAUUAACAAGGUACAGAAUAUUAAUUUCUUAAAGGACAAAAAGUGACUUCUGUGACUUUGAGCCCUACGUGAAAAGCAUUGUGGAAUCUUAACCUUUUUGUACACACUCUUGUGGGAUGUAUCAUAUAAGUGUCAGCACUAAGUAAUGUCUUGUUUGUGGCUGAAUAUUUUUCGUAGAUGUUUUUGAAGUUGACAUGACUUAUGUGCAUUUCAAUAUAUAUUGCCAUCUUUAGUUUGUAAUUAAGAUAUGGAAUAUGGUUGUGGAUUUCUGAGCAUGUACAGACUGGUCAAGCUAGUUCAGGGAAUGGUGCAUGUAUUUUUUCAACGAUGAAGAAAGUUUGCUGCAAAUGCUUGCAGGAAAUUUUGUGGCAGUUUUCUAAAACUGACAACCAGGUGGGACCAAAGUUUAUGUGCCUUUAGUCUUAAUUUACCUUGCAUUGUAAUAUUCAGUUUUAAUAAAUCUCUUAAAUAUUUUGUAUUUAGAAAUUGAUCUGACUUUACUAUAAACAUGGCUCAGAAUCUACAGAUCCAGUUAAUUUGAAAGCAGUUCUCUGUCAGUCUGAACUGUUACCUUGAUUCUGUUUAAAUGACCAAUACUUUUUGAAAUUGAUGUACUUAGUUUCAAGAUUCAUAGAUUCUGUUAUCUAUGUAGAAAAAAAAAAAUGGUCAUGUAUAUUUUCUAUUAGUUGAGUUUUUACAUCUUUAGAAUUGUAAAAUUCAGUAUAGUUUGAAAGUGGCACAAUUAAAAAUUAAUUUUCUAACAAA